AUGUUGAACCCCAGUACGUCCGCCCCGGCCGCUGGAAGUGGAAGAAAACGCCCGCACCCCAUAGCCGAGUCAGGCCCUGUUCCCCCGCCAGACGUACCGGUACAACAAGUGCAACACCCACUUAGCGAAGCCGCUGCCUCUACCUCCGCGGCGAAUUCGUCCUCCUCCUUUCGAAACGUCUCUGCGUGCAAUCGGUGUAGGCAGAGAAAAAACAGAUGCGAUCAGCGACUACCACGAUGUCAGGCCUGCGAGAAGGCGGGGGUUCAUUGCGUUGGCUAUGACCCAAUAACGAAGCGCGAGAUUCCCCGCAGCUAUGUCUACUUCCUCGAGUCAAGGGUUGCGUACCUCGAAAAGGUACUGAUGGACAAUGGGAUUGGCUUCAAUGAGGCCGUGGCCUUUGAUGAGGAGGAAGCUGUCAAGAUGGAAGCGGGUUAUGAAGCAUAUGCGGCUCCUCCAAAUGCAUCCGCCGCUGGCGAGGGUUCCGGAUUCGACGGAAUUGACAAGAUGGUGCGAGUAAAAAAGGAACCCCUGGCCGCCAGUGACGACUCCAAAGGCAAUCCUGCAGAUAAGGAAGACAACUGGCGAAUACAAAAUCUCGUUUCGAAUAUCGGGAUGGUCUCUGUGCAAGGAACCUCGGAUCCGCGCUAUCUGGGCUCGACUUCUGGGAUCUCGUUCGCUCGGGUUGUUUUCGCCGCCGUGAAAAGCUCAGUCCCGGGCGACCUCCCUCGGGGGACUCGCCCCAAAGAGCGUCUACCCCAUAGCGCCACGGGUACUGAAGGUAGCAUCGCGCGAGACUCGUUCUUUGGUUUACAGACACGGCCGAUGAUGGAGUGCGCGGCAUUCCCCGACAGAGAAUUGGCAGAACGACUGGCGGAUCUCUAUUUCGAGCAUGCGAACCCGCAAAUACCCAUCGUUCACCGCGUGGACUUUAUGGAGCUACUUGACCGUACGUAUUCCAUGGACGAAAAAGAUCGCUCACCGCGCAGUCUGUACUUUCUCAACAUCGUCUUUGCCAUCGGAUCCGGGAUCAUAUUCGAAGACAAACCAGCAGAUGAACAAAAAGAGGGUGGUGACCAUUCUCCAUUGGCAACCAAAAGACAGCGCUUGUCGAGCCAUCAGUAUCAGCCAGAAGAAUACCAUGCCUCUGCAAUUGUUCACUUAGAAUCCUUCUUAUCGACAUCUUCAACAACCGACGGCUUCGGUGCCCUGGAGGAGCUCCAGGCGGUUCUCCUCCUUGCCAGCUUUGCACUACUUCGUCCCGUGGCUCCUGGCCUUUGGUAUAUCGUCGGUGUUGCAAUGCGUCUUGCAGUCGACCUUGGCCUUCAUUAUGAAGAUGGAGCAGGUAUCGAUGCGCCUGAUGUCAACAAUAAAAACAGUAAAGGGAAGCUGUCCGAGCGCGGCCGUCGGGAAUGGGUGCGCGACUUCCGUCGGCGAUUGUGGUGGUGUUGCUACAGCUUUGACCGUCUAGUCAGCUGCUGCGUUGGUCGUCCGUUCGGCAUUAGUGACCAGGCCAUAAGCACCGAAUUCCCCUCCAUCCUGGAAGACCAAUAUAUCACAAAAUCAGGAAUAAUUAAAGCGCCCGAAGGCGCCCCCAGUUAUAAACACUCUGCCUUCCACUACUUUAAGCUGCGGGUACUACAGUCGGAAAUUCAAGACGUCCUGCAGCACCAGCAGGCCCGAUUCGCCCGGCAACGGGGUCCACAUGGCGCCAGGAGCUUCAUGCGCCUCGAUGUUGUGUCACCAUUUCUCCAAGGAUUCGACUCAUUUCGUUCGUGGCGAAGGGACGUUGACCGGCGGCUGUUAGAGUGGAAGAACAGUGCACCGAUGCCCUCGGAAAACGGUGUGAGGUUUCCACUUGAGUUCCUAGAGCUGAACUAUUGGCAGGCGGUUAUCAUGCUUUAUCAGCAAAGUCUCACUGUCCCUGCCGAGUUGGCUGAUGAGCUCUCUCCUGCCGAGGAUGUUUCCAGUCCUCUUCCUCCGGAGGAGGAGGACGAGCACGAUAUUUACUACAAGGUGGCCGAGGCUGGGCAGAAGGUUAUACGAAUAUAUCGCCAGAUGCAUCGCGUGCGCUUAGUCAACUAUACGUAUCUGGCUACCCAUCACAUCUUCAUGGCAGGAAUUUCGUUCCUUUAUGCAAUCUGGCACUCGCCAUACGUACGAAGCCGUUUGACACUUGAUGAAGUGGACUUCACAGUCCUUGCGGCGACAUCUGUACUUGGAGACCUCAUGUACAAGUGCCCACCCGCGGAAGCUUGCCGUGACGCAUUUGAGCGAAUGAGUAAGGCGACAGUCGAAAUGAGCCUCUCUACUACUGGGUUCGGGCCACAAGUUGAUCUGAGCCGGAUCAAUCCGCAAAGACAACCCAGUACGACGCAUUCCAGAUCAACAGCAAGCAGACAGCGGCAACGACAGAGUGCGUCUCGGCGACAGAUGCAAAUGAGACAGGCUCGUCCGGUACCGAGAUUCGACAUGAACCUUGAAGAUCUCUUUGGCGACAGCCGUGCACUCGCUGAGAGGCAAGGCGGCGGCGGUGGUAUGGCCUACCACCCUAUCGCCGACAAUUCGGAUCCAAAUUUCGCACGACCUAACCCCCAGCGUAAUCCAUCCAUGGAAUACUACGGCGCUUUCGACAAUCCCGUCUCUCCACAGCAGCCUCAACCACAACCACAAUACUACUACAACAACUCCCCCCAGCAAAGCGGAUCACCAGGCAGCGUCGUUGCAGCCAGCGGUCUCUCGACAUAUCAAGCAACACCUACAGAGCAGGAAAACCCCGCUGGCAUGGGCCUCGAUUACUUGGAUUAUGACCCAGCAGGGGUCGAGCGCCAAAUGUCCAUGGGGUCUGACGAGAACUCGGACUAUAAAUACCAGAACGGCGCGCAGUCACUGGGCCAUGGGGCAGGUCAUAAUUUCGGGAUUGAUUUGGGCUUUGGCAUGGCGGUUGAUUUCCAGCAUGACUGGAGUGAGAAUGCUAAUUAUGAUUUACUCGAGGGGUACUUCUUUGGUGGUGGCGGGGCGCCAGGGCAGGGGCAUGGACAUGGCUCAGGUAUAUAG